AUGUCUAAUGUGAUAAUGUACGUCACUGCAGUUGGGAGAAAGUCAGACGCAUUACGCAAAUUGAGAAUAUUCGUAAGAGGUCUAUAUCGCCAGCUAUUGACACAGCCAGUUGAGGAAGGAAUUGUGAAAACAUGUUAUGACGGCGAAGUAGACCCUUGCACGCCCACGGCACUGGUCGCCUAUCAACCGGAAGGAGAGGGAGAUAAGUCAAUAUUGCAAUACGAAGUUGCAACCGCCGGGAACUGCACCACGGAGCCGAACUGUGCCGGUUUUUUCAUCAGGAUUCGAAAGUGUCAUGAAAAUGGAGGCAUCCCUUUCAAGCCACAGAUGAAAGGCCGUUUUUGUGCCUAUGAUACGGGCUGUUACGAGGUUGUCUGCGGGAACAUCACUUCCAACAACGUCACUUUGCUUGGGAUAUCAGACAUUAGAGUGAAAGUCAAAAAGCCUGUUUUCAGAAAUUCCAAACUGGUCGAAAUCUCAGUAACUUCAAAGGAUUCAAGAGUUACUGGUUUCAAAUUCGACAUCCGUGACAACGCGACAAGGGAGAGGCUAUCAGGCGACGAAAUCCAGGAUCCAACUACUUCGUUGGAGGUGAAGAUUGAUGGGAAUUUCACGAGCGGAAAAUGCUACAGGUUUACCUUCAACCCGAUAGUGAAUGCAACAGGCUGCAAGGUUCCAGUUGCAGAGUAUGCAGUUGCAUGUUACAACGCCACAGACACGACAGAGAUUGGGGUUAAGACUGAAACAAGGAGUUUAAGAUCCAGCACAGUGACGUUACUAACAGUCUGCUUACUAAUCUUCGCUGUCGUCUGCCUCGCCGUCAGUGUCGCCAUCUCUCGGAGGAAAAAAGCAGGAAUCGAGCAACGCGGCAAACCAGGAGGUAGAACUUUACGAGCGAACAGAGUGCUUGUUGUCCACGCCUCUGAUGACCUCAAGUUGCAAGAAAAAUGUACGGAGCUGUGCUUUGCAAUCAGUGCUCACCUGGGGGAUUCUAGAAAGGUCCAGGACAUUUACCUGACGAAGGACAGCUCACUCUUCCAUGACCCUCAAGCUUGGGUCACGAACAAGGUCAUCGCGACCAGAACAGACGAAGGAGAAGAACAAGGAAGAACGAUAAUUGUUCUUGUUCUUUCUCCUCUUUUGGUAAAACUACAGAGAGCUUUGGCCGAAGAAAAAGAGGAAUUGGAUUUCUUCGGUCGCCAACCUCACCCUCACGACCCGGCGCUGAAGACGUUUCUCCGCCAUCUCGCGACGCCAGCGCUCAAGAUGGAUCAUCAGCGCCUCCUUCUUGUUAGGUUCAGUGCCCUCCACGAGCACUGGUCAGGUGACCUCCAUGACCUCGUACCUGGGAAGAGAUUCGUCCUGCCACACCACGAAAAUCAACUCCUGGAAGCGAUAGAGUAAAAGAUAGAUAGAUUGUUCGCCUCACAAUCAGUCAGUCAGUCGAGUGAAGCGUAAGAGGGUUCGCCUCACAAUCAGUCAGUCAGUCAAGCGAAUCCUGACAUUAGCGUUCGUCCCACCCUCCUAGCCACGCGCAGUGUUCUUGAGAAAGAUUCUUCCUCUGUAAUCAGAUGUCUGUGAGGCGCAGGUGAGUUUUCGAGCGCCUAAAUGAAAGGGGUCUUUGCCGUCGACCACUCGAAGGUAUACGCAAUUAGGGUGUUGUGUUGUAGUAAGCAAGGCAGUUCCCAUCCCCCGAACUACUGGCGUAGGAGCGACUGCCUCCAGGCGUAUGGAUUUAGGUGUUGUCUUCCAGGUUACAGUAGCGGCAGUCAUUCAUUUGCGGCUCAUCAACUUAAUUAAACCAACAUAUGUCUUAAAUUUGGUAUAUUCAGUAAAAUUACAACAAAGCAUGAAGGCCUCGUGGCAGGUUCGUCCGGCCGUGGCGAAGGAGGGUGAGUUCGCUGGACAUAUUCGAGAUGUAGGUCACCCGGAGUAAAAAAAAAAAAAAAAAAAAUACUGUGUGGAUGAAAUGGAAGAAGCGCAAGACAGAUUAAUAGAAAAGACGAGAGAACGUUUCCGAAAUCCUCCUGCACACCAUCUUCAGGUUUUAGAAAUGGCGAAACUAGUUUAUUUAAAAAGAUAAAGAGUGCAUGGAGUAUAGGCCACUUUUAACGAACGUAAGUACCAAGUUCAUACUGUUGAAACCAUGCAACAUUGUCAAUGUAUUGUGGCCCUUACCCAGUUUUGUUUAUAUUGCGAAUUAAUGGUGGAAUUUUGUGUAAUUUGCAUGUUUUAUAUUGCAAUUCAAAGAUCGUGGAUUUGAGUAUAAUUCUGCCGGUAAAGGCAGGUUUUUGUAGGAUUCUCUGUGAUGGCUGCAUUUUGGAAUAAGGAUCUGCUGUGUUAAUUGUAUAUAUGAAUAUAGGCAUAUUUGUACAGUUUAUUAUUUUGGAUUUUACAUUUUAUGAUUUAGUUCUCGUAAUGAAAUAAAUUACAUGAGGAACAGAAUAUUUAGAUAUCUACUGUCAUGCAUAACUAGUUCUGUUAUUAGUAUUGUUACUGUUAUUAUUAUCAUCACUAUUAUCAU